AUGGUUAUCAUCGAACCUGCCGCCCGCACCGCCCUCAUCGCCAGUGCCUGCGCCUUCGCCAUGGAUGCGAUCAGGGCCGCCAGACCUCUCAACGCCGAGGCCCGCCACGAGCUCACCAUGAUCAGGUGCUAUCUUCUGCGCAACGGCUACGACCUCCAAGCCCGGGCUCCGCACGAAGGCGUCACGAUGACGGAUGAUAUGGAGGUCGCUGUGGAAGCCAUGGAGCUCUGCAAACUCGUUAUUAUGCAGACCGACUAUUCGAUGAAGUUGAUGGACGAUGCGCGGAACUAUAUGCUGUGGAAGGAGAGAGAGGACGCCCAGAGGGAUGAGGCAGAAGCGAGGGCGAAAGAGGCGGAGGCUGAGGAAGAGGUGACCAGAAUGAGGGAGGUGGAAGAGGAGGAGGAUGUGGAUGGACAGGGUGUUGACCUGGAGGAUCAGGAUUAA